CGACGCGCUCACUGAUACGCUGCUGGUCCUGUUAGUGGGCAUGGACUGGAAACAUUCUCCAUCCACGACUGCAAGACAAAAAACCUCAGCAGCACUCACUCACUGACUCCCAUCACACACCACACACAUAAUCUCGACGAGCUCCCCAAUUGAGGAUGACUGCAAAAAACCGAAACAAGAGCAACUCGAGCGAAAAGAGCGCCGCAUCCAUCCAAGAUGACGCGCCGAAGAAGAUCCAGAAGAGCACCAGUACAAACGGGGUGAGCAGCCCCGGAUCGCAGGCUGCAAAAUCAGGGAGCUGCCUCGGGCUCAUCGCCACCACUGUGUUUUAUCUCGGGUUAAUAGGCGCUGCAGGUUUUGCUGCUUUUUAUUUGCAGCAGGUAGUGGAGGAAAUGCACCAGACGAGCGCCAGGCAUGAGGAGAGCGCACGGCAAAACGCAGUGCUGGGGAGCAAAAUGGAGAGCGUCGUUCAACAGGUGGAGUCUCUAAAGAGUGUCGUGGACGGACUGGAGUCAUCACUGGGCAUCACACGGGUGGAGCUGGAGGGAGCCGUCAGCCGGAUGAAGAGGGGCGAGGUGGAGACGAGGAGAGUUGAGGAGGCCCUGCAGAAGCUCCAGAACGAUCUACUCAGGGACCUUUCAGAGGGCAUCAAGGAGGUGAAGGAGGCCCGUGAGUGGGACUUCUCUUCUCUGGAGAAGACUGUCGAGGAGCGCCUGGCCGAGGUGAGUCAGUCCGUCAAGGCCAGUGUGACAGAGUUCACCGAAGCUCAGGGGGAGGCACAGAGAGAGCUGGCUGAUCUCAAGGCCCGCCUGGGGGACAUAGAAGACCCUGCGCUCAUCAAACAAGAGCUCUCUGCCAUUGUUGAUGUUGUAGCUGAAAUCAGAACAACCAAACAGGAUUCUGACGCUUCAUCCGAGUCACUCAGGGAGCAGAUAUUUGCCGUGAGGUCUGAGCUCCAGACUCGUAAUCGGGAAGUGGCCUCGCUGUCCGAGGAAAUUGAAACAGUGAGGUCAGUCAUGCAAGAUACUGUUGAGAGUCUGAGGCAGUCGCUGUCUUCAACUAAGGCCGACAUCCAGGCUCUGAAGGACAAAGGCAUGACACUGGAGAGCAGCGUGGAGCAGGCGGCUGAUGCCGUCCGCUACGUGGAGAAGAAGGCGAAUGAAGCAGCCGAUCAGGUCAGGAGACAAUCAGAAGACCUGGAAGAAAGAGUUAAAGCAUCAGAGGUGAGCGGAGAUUCACUGAUGGUGUCAGUUUCAGACAUCACCAGCAAAGUGGAAACACUGCUGACCAAAUACGACACCCACGAAAGCACGCUGGCUGAACAGAAACAGGCCGUGGAGAAGGUCAAAAGCGGAUUGGGGGAGGAGAUGGAGGCACUGAAAAGCAGUUUGGGUGAGCUCCAGUCAAACAUAGUCGCUCUGGGUGAGGCCCAGAAUGAGCUCACGACGAAGGACUCCGACCUGGAUCAGCUGGUGAAGGAGUUGGGGGAGAGGUUCGCCGCCCUGGAGGGGAAAAGCAACGUAGAGCCAGAGCAGAUGCAGAGCUUAAGAGGUAUGGUAGAUGGCUUAGAAGCCAAAGCAGCCAAGCUAGAAGGCCACGAUCAGGCGAUAUCUGCUCUUCAGGAGGCUCUGCAGGAGACCACACGGACACUGGCGGGCUUAGCCAAAGUCGAUGAUCAGGUGGAGGAAGAGGAGGAACGCACGGAGGAGGAGGAGGAGGAACACACGGAGGAGGAACACAUGGAGGAGGAACACACGAAUGAGGAGGAAGAGUCUGAAGUGUGACAUCAUGAUACCAAAUUCUGGACGAUUAGCGCUUCUUAAAGGGUGACAAUGACCCACUUUUUUCUUGUUUUCAUGAAGAAUUGUUUUUCAGACCUGAUGGUUGAUGUCACGACGUUGCACAUUUUCUUUUUAGCAGAAAAGUAGCCAAGGUGAAAGAAACCGGUCAGGAGAGAGGAACAGAGUUGGACUGCUGAUCUGUGAAUUCAAAUCCACAAAUUCAUUCUGCACUGUAGUUUUGUUUUUUCUUCUAAUGUUUUGUUCAAUGUUGGUGCCAAUGCUGUUGAAACAAAUGCAAUGAUGAGCUCCUUUCGAGCACUCUUUUGUUUACUCACUACGGUUUUUUUUGGUUUUUAAUAAAAACUCUUGUUGAACCCAAAA